AUGGGAGCUCCGCGUUUGCGAAGGGCUAAGGAUUUGGUGCAUCGCGUUCGCAUAGAAGGAAUCGAGAGGCUGGGCUUCAGUAGAAUUAACUCAUCGCGUUCGCGAUGGACGGAACACGUUCGCGAAGGUUCGUCUGGGUACCGCUACUCAGGCCUACCAUCCUUGAGGGAGGCAUCUGCUCUAGAGACUUUGAGAUAUUCUGGAGUUAGACUGUUAGAUAUUCCAAAGGCUUGUCUUCCCUACAAAGAAAUUGAGGUUGAAAAGGAAAUCAAAAACAGAGAUAGAGAGACGAGAAAGAGAGGUUUCUGGACAGAGAAUCAAUGGUGCCGUCCGAGGUUCCUUGNUUUCCAAACAUUAGGGUUCAAGAGUAACGCUUCGCUUAUGUCAGCUGCUAUCACCGGCGGUGUCAACGUGGGUGCAACUUUUAUUUCAGUCUUUUGUACGGAUAAAUUUGGCAGGAGAAUACUCUUCUUCUGGGGUGGCAUCUUCAUGUGUAUAUUCCAAACAGCAGUGGCAGCUCUUAUUGGGGCAAAAUUCGGAACGACAGGGACUGCAACAGAUUUGCCACUUUGGUUUGCAGCUUUAGUGGUUGUCUGCAUCUGUGUAUUCGUGGCUAACUUUGCGUAUUCAUGGGGUCCAUUAGGAUGGUUGGUUCCGAGUGAGAUAUCUCCAUUGGAAGUUCGAUCAGCAGCACAAUGUGUUACGGUCUCCAUGAACAUGUUUUUCACAUUUGGAGUAGCACAAAUAUUCUUGAAGAUGCUAUGUGGGAUGAAGUUUGGUCUAUUUAUCUUCUUUGCGGCGUUUGUCUUAAUAAUGACUGUGUUUGUCUACUUGUACGUGCCGGAAACAAAGAAUAUACCAAUUGAAGAGAUGUCUCAAGUUUGGAGAGAGCAUUGGUACUGGAAGAAGUUCGUGGAUGAUGACCAUGCAGAAUCAAAGCCACGAGACAAUGGAACAAAGCCCUCAAAGGAGAUAGUCUAGAGUAUAGGAUAGGAUUGGCAAAACAGUUCAUCUGUAUAGUUUUAAGUUUUACUGUUUUCUGU